AUGGCCUCGUCAAACACAAGAAGCAGUCCAGCCAUGUCGCACUCGAGCACUGGCGCAAAGUCUCCCGCAGCGCAAAAGUCUACACUACCCCUGGACUCGUCGCGCUACGCCUCGGCCAUGACAGACUCGGACCAACCCAUCGAGCUCUCCGGCCCCGAUCACAAGCCCGCAUUCCCUCCAAAAUACACAAAACGACCCCCGUCUUAUCCAAACUCGAGUUCGCAACCACCGUCCACCGAGACCUACCAAAGUCGGGACCUCGGGACGGGCCGCUUAUACUAUCACAACCAAGGACCCGACGAUCAUCGCCCGGCACCCCAGCAGCAGAUGCUCUACACACAACCCCAACAAGACUAUUAUCGCGCACAACCGCCUCGACAACCCGUACAACCUGUCCCACACCAGCCCGCGCACUAUGCUGUGCAGGAUCAAUACUAUCAUGGAGGACAGGCUCCCCAGGCUGCGGCCCCGAGAACGGAUGACUACUACCAUGCCCCGUCUCACGGCCACGCCCAGGCCCAGGCCCCGCAACAGCAAUAUUAUCAAGAGCGACCUCAAGGCGAAUACUAUCAGCCGCGCCAGUCACUUGACCAGCAGCAGUAUUACCAUGCGCAUGCGCGACAGGCGCCGCAAGGGGGGGCGCAGAUUAAGAUCGAGCCUGCUGAUAUUGAUCAGUUGAUAUCGAGGGCGACGCCGGAGAGACAGAAUAUUGGUGGGAAGGGCAGUCGGGGGUGA